UCCUCUCUCCCUCUAGUCUCUAUGGAUGAGCUGGCCAGUCAGUCUGACUUCCUGACUGUGUGUUGUGCUCUGACACCAGAGACUAAAGACAUCUGUAACAAGGACCUGUUCUCCAAAAUGAAGAAUACCUCCAUCUUCAUCAACACCAGCAGAGGAGGGGUGGUAGACCAGGAGGAUCUGUAUGAAGCCCUGUCCAGCGGUCAGAUAGCGGGAGCUGGACUCGACGUCACCGUCCCUGAACCCCUGCCCACCAGCCACCCGCUCUUCACCCUUAACAACUGUGGUGAGUAUAAACACGGGGUGUGAUUGGUUCAGAUUCUCCACCAAGUUCACCCUAUUUCC